GCGCGGACGGACGCGGGGGGCGGGGCUUAGCGACGGCGCCAUGUCGGCGGCCACCAUCGUGCACGACACGUCGGAGGCGGUGGCCCUGUGCCCGGCGCUCGGCCUGUACCUGAAGCCGAUCACGCGGAUGACGAUCUCGGUGUCGCUGCCGCCGCUGCGGACGCCGGGGAAGUCGAUCUCCAACUGGGAGGUGAUGGAGCGGCUGAAGGGCAUGGGGGGCGGGGCCCCGGCGGCGGCCUUCUCGGCCCUGCGCAUCGCCAAGAGCACCCUGGACUUCAUCCGCUUCGAGGGCGAGGUCGAGAACCGGGCGCUGGUGCGGGCGGCGCUGGCCCGGCUGGACGGCAAGACCAUCAAGCUCAGCGGCUUCGCCGACGCCCUGCGGGUCCGCGCCGCCGAGGCCCGCGACGGCCACGCCCACCGACGCGAGCGGGACGGCGGGGGCGACGCCCACGGGGCCGCCGGGGAGGACGCGGGCGACACCAUCCACCUGGAGGGGCUGCCCUGCCGCUGGUUCGCGCCCCGCGACGCCGGCUCCGCCCCCGGGGGCGGGGCCCCGGGCCCCACUUCCGGUCCCGGGGGCGGGACUUCCUGCGCGGCGGCGGCGGCGGCGGAGCGUCCGAGCGAGGCCCUGCUGCGCCAGGCCUUCCGGGCGUUCGGCGACAUCCGGCACGUGGACAUCCCCAUGCUCGACCCCUACCGCGGCGACGCGGGCGGGCGCGGCUUCCACACCUUCAGCUUCGGCGGGCACCUCCACUUCGAGGCCUUCGUGCAGUACCGCGAGCUCGCGGCGUCCGCCCGCGCCGUGGCCGCCCUGCGCGGCAUGAAGCUCAUGUUCAAGGGCGAGGACGGCAAGGCCGUGGCCUGCAACAUCAAGGUCUCGUUCGACGCCACGAAGCACCUGAGCGAGGCCUCGAUCCGGCGCCGGCAGCUGGAGCGGCAGAAGCUGCAGGAGCUCGAGCUGCAGCGCGAGGAGCAGAAGCGGCGCGAGAAGGAGGCGGAGGAGCGGGCGCGGGCGGAGGAGCGGAAGCAGCGCGAGGCGGAGGAGCAGGAACGCGCCCGUCGCCGGGAGGAGCGGCUGCGCCGCCGCGAGCAGAGGCGGAGCCGACGCCGCGAGGAGAAGCAGAGGGCGGAGCAGAGGGCGGAGCAGAGGGCGGAGCAGCGGCGGCGCCGGGCGGAGCGGGCGCGGGGGGAGCAGCGCAGACUCGCACUCGCCCAGCGCCACCUGCAGUCGCUGCGGCUCGUGGGGGCCCUGCUGGGCCGCGCGGAGGCCGCCCGCCGCCGCGAGCGCGCGCAGAGCGAGGAGCGACGGCGCCGCGCGUGGGAGGCCGAGCGCCGGCGGCUGCAGGAGGCGGAGCUUCGCCGCGUGGAGGAGGAGAAGCGCCGGGCGCUGGGGCUGCAGCGUCGGGAGCGCGAGCUCCGCCAGCGCCUGGUGUCGCUGCUGCUCGCCCGCCGGCCCGGCCCCGCCCCCGACGACGACCCGCUGCGGCCCGUGCUCGACGCGCUCAGGGGCGUGGCCCGGGGGCGCCCGGGCGGGGGCGGCGACUCCGCGGAGGCAGGAAGUGAUGUCACGCCCGCCGGGGGCGGCUCGGGCGCGGCAGGAAGUGACGUCGGCGCGACAGGAAGCGACGCGGGCGGGACAGGAAGUGACCCGGGACCCCCCGGGAAGCCGCCCGGCGCGACAGGAAGUGACGUCGUGGGGACAGGAAGCGGCCCGGGGGCGGGGAAGGAGCGCGCGGGCCCCGCCCAGGUCCUCGCCUGCAUCACCGACAACGCCCCGCCCAAGGCCACGCCCACCUCGCACGGCGGGGGCGGCGACGCGCGGCCGCGCUCCGAGCGCGACAAGUGCAACCGGGAGCCGGGCUCGGGGGCGGAGCCUGAGCGCGAGGAGCCCCGCCCACCCCGCGAGCGCGAACGGCGCCGCCCCGACCGCGAGGACCGGAAGCGCGGGCGGCGUCACCGCGAGGGCCGGGAUCGGUCACGCUCGCCCCGGCACCGCCCGGCCUGGGACCGGUAAAAUGGCCGCCGGGGGCGGGGCCGCGGCCUGGGACACGCCCACCCCGGACACUGAGAGACAGGAAGUGACGCGCAGGAAGUCCCGCCUCCUGGUUGCU